UGCCCAGUCCCCACUUCUGACCCCUCCCCAGACCCCCCUCUCAGAGCCCCCAGCUGGUCACUGCCCCCCCCCCCCCCCGACCUCUCCCGGCUGGUCCCCGCCCCCAGGAGGUAGCCAGUGGCAUGUGGGCCUGGACCGGCUGAGCCCCCUCCCCGCGGGGGAACAUGCGCCGGGUCCCCGCGGAGCUGGGAGUCCCCGGAUCCUGACAUGGCCACCGCGGGCUCCGACCUGCCGCUGGAGGAUGGGGAGUCACUGUCCCCCAACUCCCCCGGAGCCCCCCGGACCCAGGUGAAGGAGGAGGGGCCCCAGUCGAGGCCGGAGGCUGCGAUCACCCCAGAGACCGAGGUGCUGGGCACUGAUGGGGAGGGGUCGACGCACAGUGCUGCGGAGGAGCCGGAGCGGCGGCGGCGGAAGGGGCCGGCGCCGAAGAUGCUGGGCUCGGAGCUGUGCAGCGUCUGCGGGGACAAGGCCUCGGGUUUCCACUACAACGUGCUGAGCUGCGAGGGCUGCAAGGGCUUCUUCCGGCGCAGCGUGAUGAAGGGGGCGCAGUACGUGUGCCGGGGCGCCGGGCACUGCCACAUGGACCUCUACAUGCGCCGCAAGUGCCAGCUCUGCCGGCUCCGCAAGUGCCGCCAGGCCGGCAUGCGCGAGCAGUGCGUGCUGUCGGAGGAGCAGCUGCGGAAGAAGAAGGUGCGGCGGCAGCAGGGGGUGGGGGGGGAGGCGCCGCCGCAAGGGCCCCCCCUGCCCCCCACGCCCCCGGCGGAGCCGGCCCAGCUCAGCCCCCAGCAGGAGCUCAUGAUCCAGCAGCUGGUGGCUGCCCAGCAGCAGUGCAAUAAGCGCUCCUUCAGCGACCAGCCCAAGGUCACGCCGUGGCCCCUGGGCACUGACCCCAACAGCCGGGAGGCCCGACAGCAGCGCUUCGCCCACUUCACCGAGCUGGCCAUCAUCUCGGUGCAGGAGAUCGUCGACUUUGCCAAGCAGGUGCCUGGCUUCUUGCAGCUCACAAGGGAGGACCAGAUCGCGCUGCUCAAGGCCUGCACCAUUGAGAUCAUGCUGCUGGAGACGGCCCGGCGCUACAACCAUGAGACGGAGAGCAUCACCUUCCUGAAAGACUUCACCUACAGCAAGGACGACUUCCACCGUGCCGGCCUGCAGGUGGAGUUCAUCAACCCCAUCUUCGAGUUCUCGCGGGCCAUGCGGCGGCUGCAGCUGGACGACGCGGAGUUCGCCCUGCUCAUCGCCAUCGACAUGUUCGCGGCCGACCGGCCCAACGUGCAGCAGCACGGCCAGGUGGAGGCCCUGCAGCAGCCCUACGUCGAGGCCCUGCACGCCUACACCCUCAUCAAGCGCCCGCAGGACCGGCUGAUGUUCCCGCGGAUGCUGAUGAAGCUGGUCGCCCUGCGCACACUCAGCAGCGUCCACUCGGAACAGGUGUUCGCCCUCCGCCUCCAGGACAAGAAGCUGCCCCCGCUGCUCUCCGAAAUCUGGGACGUUCACGAGUAACCGGGGGGCUGGGACCUCCCCCUCCCCCAACGUGGACUGCAGGGACCCCCUCCCAGACGGAACCCCCCCCGCCCCCCAGGGGCCUCUGUGAACGGAGCAUCCCCAGGCACCACCUGCAAGGGGCACUGGGUGCUCCAUUCCCCCCCCCCCCCAACCGGGGAGCCCCCAGCUGGGGGCGUGGGGGGGGGCAGCCUCAGAGACAAUGGGGGGCUGCCGUUGGUGGCCCAGCCCCCUCCCCCGAUCUGGGGAGGGCUACGAAGCACUUUUCUCUUCCCCUCUACCAUCUACCUGCCCCGGGGGAGUCUGCUGGGGUGUGGGGGGGAUUCAGGGCUGAGUUGACCCCAGCCCUGUGGUGGGGCGUGGAGCCGGGGGCCCUCCCCCGCCGACUCCAAGAGCUGUUUUAUUGGGGGGGUCAUCAUGGGGAUGGAGCAAUGGCCCCUGCCCCCAACUUGGAUCCCCCCCAGCAGACGGGACCCCAACCCCCACGCUGCUUCCUCUUGUGCAUAGGCCGUGAGCGCCCCCCCCGCUGGACUCGGGCUGCAUGGAUGGGACGGCUGGGGGCGCUCCUACCCCUGAUGGGGCGCAGACCCCUAUGGAAAUAAAGCAAAUCAUGGCACAGCA